CCAUUAAGAGACGCGGGAAGCGAGCGCAUUUAUCACCUCUUCAAAAGGUUUUAGCCAAGAUAGGCCACCAACGAAGACGUCUCGAAUCGCAUCUACAUUAGGAAGCUGCGUUCUCAAACUGGAAAUUGUGAGAAGAAGGACCUAAUCGUAGAGAAAGAGAGAAGCAGAGACGCGACAAAGCUGCUGCAGAAAGAGUGAAUGUUCUUGUUGUGUUGCUGAACGUUAUUUAUUGCCGUCGUGAACUUCCAGUUUAAACAGGAGUUCCAAACUAAACAGAGAAGGAUCUCGAAAUCUUUGUUAUCUCCUUUCUCGCUACCUCGUUAUCUUCUGCUUCUGGCUUCACGAGAAAAGUGUCAGGCCCACGUUCAUACUAUCAUCCUCAAGAAUCGAGAACUCAACGGAGACUGUGGGAGCAUGAAGAUAGCCCUGCUUCUAUGCAUCGUGGGCUGGUAUCGUGGCCCGCUUUUGGUCUGUGCCGCUGAAGAUGCCAAGGUGCUGUCGAAACCGGAGGGGAGUUCAGAAGCGCCAGCACAGCCGGGAGAUUCGCACCGUGUCGCUGAGGGCGCCAGUCACGCAAGGGACGGGGCAUCACCGCGGCAUGCGGCGGAAAGACCCGGAGCCCUGAACCGGGUAUCGAGGGCGGCGGGUGCCUUCGAUGAUUCCAGUGGCCCCGUCGAUGAGUACGCAGUGCUCCGAGCGGCCGUGACCGGACCUCGGCGACACCGGUUCCUCCAUUUUGGACGCAAAAGGUACGGGUCUCCGGUCCUAAACUUCGAAGACACAGCCUCGGGCGAGGGAGAGGCAGAGUGGAGUGGGGGAGAAGACGACGACGACAACGACGAGGCCGCUGCGUCCCAGGAGGGCCCGGAGGCGGCUGCCUUGCGAUGGGCCAAGAGGACACUUCGAGAGGGUCCCAACAGCUUCCUGCACUUCGGCAAGAGGGAACCGGAAGAGGAUGGAAGCAAUGGAGAACGACUUAGGUUCAGACGAAGUGUCCAAGAGGCCAAAGGUCUCGAAACGGAUCAGGCGCCGAACACCGGGACGGAAGACUUCGAGCUGCACAACAAACAAUCUGAGCCGGCUGACUCGGAGAACCUUGUCCUGGCGUCGAAGGCUAAGCGGUCUUCUAACCGUAUCAUGCACUUCGGCAAACGUCUUCAAGUGUCUUCAGCGGCUGGAGACUUCGACGGUGUCAAACGAGCAUCCCACAACAGCAUAAUGCACUUUGGUAAACGCAUUAAUGAUCAAGAUGUGGCCGCCGCCUUGGAUAACGCCUAUUCUACCAUGGACGGUGCUUUAGGAAAGCGCGCCGGAAAUCGCAUUAUGCACUUCGGCAAGAGGGAUCCCGAAUACGGAAUUUCAAUCGGACUCGAAGCUGAACCAGAGUUUGACUUGGUAUCUGCUGAUAAAAGGGCUCCGAACAGGAUCCUCCAUUUUGGCAAGAGGCCUAGUGCUGGGAGCCCAGACAGCACUGAGGCUGACGGUGACGCUGACGAAGCAGAAAAAGACAAACGAGGGAACCGCAUCAUGCACUUCGGAAAGCGCGAGCAGGAUGACUCUUCGGGAAUGCCGCUGUCCUCAACGGACGAAUCAUCUUCCGCCGCUGUUAAGAGGUCGGCUUCGGCACGAAGCAAGUACUCCGGACCACCCGACCAGCUGCAGUCCGCCAUGGGCAUCGGCAGGCAAUUUCAGAGGCAGUUCCAGGAAUGGAAGAAGCGAAACCGCAUUCUGCACUUCGGCAAACGGGAGCCUCAGCAGAGGUCUAACAGCUACUACCAGCAGAAGCGCUUGGGAAACAGAAUUAUGCACUUCGGCAAGCGAGCGAGCUACCCAUUUUACGCGGACAGCGCGGGAUCGGCCGUCGCAGCCAUGAAGGACAAGAGGCUAAAGCACUCAAUUAUGCACUUUGGUAAACGCGAUGGCGAGCUCGAAUCUAUCAUGGGCGGUGACAAGCGCAACCGAAUCAUGCAUUUUGGCAAACGAUUGGGGGCUGGCGACGAGGAUUUCCAAGCCGGGCGACAGCUUCCCAUUGACAAGCGCGCGGGGAACAGGAUCAUGCACUUCGGCAAAAGGCUUCCAGGGCCAAAUGUCGCACCGGCGCCCACCGCUUUGGAUUACGGAAACGAAGCAGCCGCAGGGACGUCUCUCUCUGGAGCCAGCAAGAGAGCGCAUCGAAUCCUCCACUUUGGCAAAAGGGACGACGGUGCCAGCUACGAUGGCACCGACGUCGCUGCCGACCCUCUUUUCUUGGCAGAGGACGUGUACGAAGAUGAUUCAUCAAAAGUUACGGGAGGUCGCGGUCAGCCCGAGACUCAGAAGAUCGUCAGGAAGAAGCGAUCCGCUACCCCUCCAGAAGCGAGCGACUACAUCGACGAUACCCUUGCCCAGAUGAUGGGCGAGCUGAUGGGUGAAGACGGCUACGCAGACCGAAUCACCAUGGGUCACUCGGGCCUGUCCGGGCCACUGCACCUACCUCAUGCGUACGUGGCCGCGCAAGUUUACGGGAACGCAUUUCCGCGCAUGCUCAGUCGACCCAGCCGGAGCGACAGGUUAUUCCGCGCACUUUACAGUGGAGAACAUGGUGCCGAGAUGAUGCCCAAGGGCCAAUCUCGCAACGUGUUCCUGCACUUUGGCUGAGUUUGUUUCGCACUUCACGAUUCUGAGCCGUGGCAAAGAAAAACACCUUUCUUCUGCUGGCAUUCUUCCCGUUAGGCUCUGCUCUAAACAGCGGUCUUUCUUUGGCAGCUGUCUGCAUUUCUUUUUCUUUCACAUCGCGGGUGAAGAUCUGGGUGAAGAGGAACCUGAGCGCCUUUUCUGGAGUUUUCUGUUGGUAGCUCGCCACUCAAUGGUUGUCUGUAGCAAUUAUCGAUUUCUAUCAAUGUCGUUUCGUGGUAUGCGUAUAGCGUGCUUGUUCAUCAUUAGCUUGUCUUCUUUCCUUGUUAGCUUCAUAAGGAGAGAUAAGCAGGGUGACAACUACACGUCUUUAAGUUGGCGUUUAGUGGUUUUAUUCAGUGACUAUACCAAAUAUUUACGAGAGUGAAACCAAAUUCCAGGAAUGGAAUCCACGUCCACUCGUAUGCAUGCCCACUUGAUGGUUCUUCGGACACCCCGUGCUGGAAGUAACUGUAGUUUACAGCACUUAAAGCACAAAUUCAGCUGCCACCUUCUCAAUCUUGUGUGGCAACAAGGAUACAUGAUGAUUGUUAGCACCCUGGCUCCUAUCGUAUGCCUCCUAUAGCAUCCUCUUUUUUCGAAUACGAAAAGACGACACUACCAGUGCUCCCUGAUCUCGAAGCAAACUGUGAUACCACUCUGGGCGCCUGAUACUGUCAGCUAUACGGAUUCUUAACGAAAAUGAAGCAUUCAUUGUAGAUGUUUGAACUCCAUUUACUCUGUCCUUUUUCCAUGUCCUGUCCCAAACUGAAGUAAUUGUGAUCGUUGUUGCGCACGCAUGAAAAAAAUGUGUAUGCACUCAUUUCCCGUGUCAUCUGCUAUAAAACUAUAUUUAUUAAUCUAAGAGCCGGGCAUUGAGCGGUGUCUGUGUGACACGAAUGCAGGAUUAUUCAUUGUGAAUAUUGCGAUGUACUGACGCCUACGUUAGGCCUAUUACAACUUGUGGUAUUACUAAUAUAGUUGAAGCUGUUGGGAUGUUGUUGUUCGACCUUUCCACGUUGUUGGUUUUCGUGCUCUUGUGAAACCUUCGUUAUUGGUCCUGAUAUGUCGCAAGGGAAUUACCGCCGAUUAUACUUACGCAAAACUAUUAUAUUAUUGAAGGUAAUGGAAGAGGCAUAGAGAUAACUAAGCUACCUCGUGUGAGCACAGAACGCGACGUAUUUAUUGUUGUUUAUGGCUACAAACUUCAACGCUACUCGAAGUUUGCAAAAAGCUGCGAUAGAAGACAUGUGUUUGCUUGCUGACCGGAAACAAGCCUCUUUUAGGUGUUGCUUUAUAGAACAAGGCUUUCACAAAUGCGAAUGGUAGGUCUGAAAGCUAAAUAUUCAUUUCCAGAGUUUGGGUAAUGCAACACAAUAUGUUUUUGUGGUGCUUCUGUAUCGUUGUUUCAUAUUUGGCAGCAACGAAAAACUUCGCCGGUUUCUUUGCUGCUAUGGUUUGCUGUUAUAUCAAUUCACAAUUCGCAUCCUCAUUGAUUUCCAUCGGCUUCGCUUCUGAACCGGUGCAUCGACGUAUCUUUCAAGACACGAAGCAAAUCUUCGUUUGAAUCUUGCGUCUUUUGGAGAAAGAUAACUUUUCAUAAUGUCCAAAAUACGCAUAGUUUGACUCAUAUUUGACCUCUGCUGCUCGCCUUUGAUGUGAACUGCACAUGCGUCGUUGAAUGCAGUGGUGUACAGCACGUCUUGGAAUGUCGACACAUUUAUGGGCCAUCUUCUGGUACUAAGUGAUUGCAAAGUCUCUUUCAAUUUACCUGUUUUACGUCAUGGACGAAGAAAAUGUUUUGUUCAGGGCAUGUUGUUAUUUCAUAGUUGUCCUGUUGAAACGCUAAAUGUUCUCUUAGGAUGUUACGACUGUGUUUAGAAGUGCAGUCCGUGUUUGGCUGACUAUCAUUUUCUGCUCUGAAGCACUAUAGACAUGUAGUUCAUUGUAUAGUUGUGUUCUGUCUUCAUUUAGAAGUAUACGUUCAGAUCGGGCACAACUCAUGUUUUGCAAUUAUAUUUCAUGGAAAUCCCAAGAGAUACAAGUUAUUUACCCAUCAAACAGCGUUUACUCAAAUGUCCUUUCGAGAAACAACUAAAUGUGAAACCCUCGUGAGUGAUAAUCGCAGUUCUUUGAGUUAGAUGCUCAGCCGACUUGUUGAGGGAGUUAGAUUUUAUUCGAAAAUACUAAACAUAGAAAUUAACAUCAGCUUUUAAAGUCUUUAAGAUUGCGAGAAAUACAGAAACCGCAAUUCUACAAACCACAUAUAGAGUCUGUUCAGAGAAACUAGUUGGUUUUCAGUUCGAUGAAGUGUUUCCGAACUAUUGUAACGUUGGCAAUAUUUGCACCUAAUUGGAACUUUCUUAUUUGAACUCUUCAAGUUCUUCAUCAGGGGCGCAUUAUAUGUUAACCAUAUCAGCUUUAGCUUUCAAAAUAAACAGCUAAAAACUAUGAUUUAUAAGCCUAAACUUUGCGCUAUGAGCGCGAUUUAUUAAACAUUUGAUUGCCUAUACGAAUGUUCUGUGUCCAUACCAACAAUUUUCUUGCUUUUCUUUAAUUAUAGAACAGUUUCACAGAAGUCGGGUUAGCGUUUGAAGAGUGCAGUGCAUUAUUUCAUGUAUGGGCGACGAUCACCACAGCUGACCCAUAGCUUGAGCUUCCUCUGAAUGUCUAUUGUAGGCUCUAGCUACAGCCGCAAACAAAACCACUGCAUGUGCUUUCACCCUCAGAGACAAGAAUCAAUAUGGUGCAUUUAGUUGGCCACGUGAUGUCGUUUAUGAAGAUUUUUAUCUAUAUUAUACUGAAUACCUCACUGAGAAAUGACCCAUUUCAGUUAUACCUGAAUGAAAUAGUUUCUUCAAGAGGUAAUGAUAAGCUGUUUGUGUGAUGACACGUUUUUAUGAGUCCUGUGUUUAAAGAUAUUGCGCCACUUUGUUCAUCAUCUGCUAUUUAUUUCAUUCGCGCUCAGGUUCAUCUCUACAAAAGUGGAGUCGCGCCUAUUUAUUUAAUUUAUUUGCUAUUUAUUGACAACGGGCCACAUUUACAGCCUCACUCAAGCGUCUUCUGGCUAAGAAGUGCCCGAACGGAUCGCUACAUGCAUGAAAAUACCGAAGGAGGCUGUACGACCGUGCGAAAUAAAAAAAGAGGACGUUGACAAUCUCAACUGGACGACCAAGCAAAACGCACGAAAAUAAAAAAAAACAAUGUUUAGAACUGGAAUAACUUGUGUCAU